AGGUCAUGUGAGGUCACGUGCGUGGCUGUUGCCAGUCAGGUAAUCACAACCAGGUGAGCUCUAAACCCAGCAGGCAGGAAGUGGCUCAGGUUCCUCGGCAGCAGGAUGAAGGGCUUCCUGUCCACCUUCCCCACCUGUGGCGUGUGCGGCAGCCUGCUCUGCCCCCCUCCCCCGCCGCCCGCCCCCCCGGCCAAGAUGGAGGAGCGCUUCGUGACCCCGCACGUGCUGACCUACCUGGAGCUGUGCAAGGCCCGGGUGGGGCCCGGCACCAGGGAGCGCGGCGUGCAGGUCAGCGCCAAAGUGGACCGGGUGGUGCAGUGCUCGCUGGGACCCAUGACCCUGCGGGGGGAGGGGGAGGGGCCGUGCACGCCGCCGCCGCCAGCGCGGGUGAGCGGCCUACGCUUCACCGGGCCCGUGUCCACCUACUCCCCGCUGUUGGAGCGCAGGUUCCCCGCUAAGAGCAGCAAGCAGGAGGCGGCGCAUGAGGACCAGGGUGAGGACCAGGGUGAGGACCAGGGUGAAGACCAGGGUGAGGACCAGGGUGAAGACCAGGGUGAAGACCAGGGUGAGGACACUGAAGAGGCCCACAAGGCGGCUGUCCAACCCUGCAGGGGCUCCAACUUCCAGUUCCUGCAGCAGAGGUAUGGCUUCUUCCACUGCAAGGCCUGCAACAUCCGCUGGGAGAGUGCUUAUGUGUGGUGCAUCUCAGGAACCAAUAAGGUGUACUACAAGCAGCUGUGCCGGAAGUGUCAGGUGGGCUUCCACCCCUACAGAGUGGAGUCCAUCAUCUGCAAGGGCUGUGGUCAGACGUGCUGCAGCUGUGAGAAGAAGCAGAGACACAUCAACAUGAAGAGACCUCAUCGCCAGGACCUGUGCUGCCGCUGCAGGGGCAUGAAGGUCUCCUGCGACAUGACCUACACCUUCAACUACCUCCUCUGACAUGACCUACACCUUCAACUACCUCCUCUGACAUGACCUACACCUUCAACCACCUCCUCUGACAUGACCUACACCUUCAACUACCUCCUCUGACAUGACCUACACCUUCAACUACCUCCUGCGACAUGACCUACACCUUCAACUACCUCC